AUGUCUUUCCUUUUGAAAAGCAUGGUGAGCAGUCAAGUGAAAAAUCUGGGACUUGGAGGGGGUGAAGAAGUGAAAAAAGAAGAUGGGGCUGCCACAGAUCCCGCUGCAGCUGCUGGCAUGACCAGAGAAGAGUAUGAGGAAUAUCAGAGGCAGGUGGUGGAAGAAAAAAUGGAAAGAGAUGCAACGUUUGCUCACAAGAAAGCGGAACGAGCAAGUCUUAGGGUGCACUUACGACAAAAGUACAGACUGCCAAAGAGUGAGCAAGAUGAAAAUGCAAUCCAGAUGGCUGGAGAUGACAUUGAUGUACCCGAGGAGCUGAGAAAGAUGGUGGAUAUGGAUGCAGUAGAGGAAGAGGAGAAAGACUCCAUUCUCGGACAGAUUCAAAACAUCCAGAACAUGGACAUGGAUACAAUUAAGGAGAAAGCCCAGGCCACACUUUCAGAAAUGAAGCAGGCUGCAGAGCAGAAAUGCUUACUGAUGUGA